AUGACGGAUGAGAAGAAAUACGAUUAUUCAGUAGCCUGCCACAAGCUGUACCUGCUCUGCAACAAGUUCGAUCUCCCAGUCCUGAGGAACGAGUCUAUCGACCUAUACAGACAGGGAUUGCUCGAAGCACAACUCGUGCCCGAUGCUGAAGAAAUCAAUGACAUCUAUCGCAGCUCUCCAGUAGGCUCGCCCUUCCGAAAACUGAUGGCCCAAAUCGCUGCGCGACAGAUCAUGGAUCCAGACAGCGAAAAGAAUGCUGAGAGCUACCGAAACUGCUUCAAAGACAACCCUGAUUUUGCAGUCGACAUGGUCAAUGCCAUCAAGGCUGGCACUGGAGGUAUGCUNUUUGACGACCCAACAGACGGGGAUCAGGCUGCAUACCACGAAGACCCGGCUCCUCGUCAGCAUGGCAAAGGUNNAAAGGUACUUAGCCCCGUGUCUUUCUUUGCCCGACACUCAACCCCUGUCUCUGUCGUUCCACGCGUCUCAGAACUCGGAUAA